ACUUCUGUGAACCAGACGUGUUUGACCUGAUAAGACCAGGUGUGAAGCGGUGACCCAACAUUCGUGGCCGUACUUCAAACAGGACCGUUGACCAUUGGUGCGCUACCUGGUUACUGUGACCAUGGAACUGACAACAACUCUCCUCAGUCUAGUGCUUGUGGCCUGUGUGACAGUUGAUGGCAAGAUAUUCUAUAAGUGCGAACUAGCGCAGGAGCUAGAGCGUCUCGGCGUCAACACCGAACUCUAUCGAUGGGUAUGCAUGGCGUCUGCCGAGUCCAGCUUCAACACGGCGGCAACCAACACCAACAGCGGUGGCUCCAGCGACUACGGUAUCUUCCAGAUCAACAGCUACUGGAACUGCGACCCCCAGGAUGGUAGACCGACCUACAAUGGCUGCGGACACCCUUGCUCCGACUACCUGAACACAGACCUCGGCGACGACAUCCAGUGCAUCCGACAACUCCUCAGGGAACACAGCGGCUGGGGCUUCUCGUACGGAUACGCUGACAAGUGUGCCUCGGUGACCAGCAGCUACCUGUCCGAGUGUUCCUUGUGAUCUGUCAUCCCGCCACCUCACGUCUAGGACAGACAAACCACGUGUGUUUAAAAAAAAUAAAAUAAAUCGAAUGUGAUGUUCGGUUUAUCAGUAGUUAA